AUGUCCGACGCCCUUCCUGAGAUGCAGUACCGUUUCCUCGGCCGGACGGGAUUAAAGGUCUCGGUCAUCUCGCUUGGUAGCUGGCUCACAUACGGCGGACAUGUCGGAAAUGAAACUGCCCUUGAGUGCAUGAAGGUCGCAUAUGACGCCGGUGUCAACUUCUUCGAUACAGCCGAGGUAUACUCAGGCGGCCAGUCGGAGAUUGUGCUCGGUGAAGCAAUCAAGAAGUUCGGCUGGAAGCAAAACGACCUUGUCAUCUCCACCAAGAUCUACUGGGGCAAGGCCAACAGCGCCAACCCGGACAAACCACUUAACAACAAUGGACUCUCGCGCAAGCAUAUCAUAGAGGGCAUGAACCUCUCUCUCCAACGUCUCGACCUGCCAUACGUGGAUGUGGUCUACGCACACCGUCCAGACCGUGACACCCCCAUGGAAGAAAUCGUCCGCGGCUUCAACUACCUGCUGGACCACGGCAAGGCCUUCUACUGGGGAACUUCGGAGUGGUCCGCAAGCGAGAUUUCCGAUGCGUGGAGAAUCGCCGACAGACUCGGCCUUGUCGGCCCAGUCGUCGAGCAGCCACAGUAUAACCUUCUCGUGCGCGAGCGCGUGGAGAAGGAGUACCGCUGGUUGUAUGAUGCCCACGGGCUCGGUCUGACAGUAUUUUCGCCGCUGAAGGGUGGUGUCUUGACAGGCAAGUAUAAUGAUGUUUCUGCGCCACCUGAGGGGUCACGGUUGGCGGAAUCGAACGAUAAUUACGUAAAGGGCCUGCGCAAGACUGUGGGCGAUGAUACUUGGCAGCGACAGUUGGAUCAGGUUGCGGCGUUGAAACCUGUUGCCGAGGAAUUGGGGAUUUCCACGGCACAGUUGGCCCUUGCGUGGAUCUUGAAGAACCCUAAUAUCUCGUCCAUGAUCACGGGUGCGUCGCGGCCGCAGCAGGUUCUUGAUAACAUUCGAGCUUUGGCGGUUGUGGAUAAAUUGACCGAGGAGGUCAUUGAAAAGAUUGAAGCUGCUGUUGAAAAUAAGCCUGAUGUUGAUAGUAGACGGUUUUAG